CCGUGGUCCUGUCGAGUAUGUGCGCCGCCGAAGAACAGUUCCUGCACGUCGCGCCUUGAGUUUCAUUUUAUAUUUUUUUCGUUCCCCCCGACACUCAUACAUCCAAACACCAACCGCACAUACACUCACACACGCACGCACCUUUGACAAUAUCAACAAAAUAUUUUGAAAAUGUCGACGGGCAGCAUUUUAUAACGAGUUUUUUACAAGAGUACGUAAGAGGAGUACGGUUCACAGGAAUAAAAAUAAAUAUUUGAUUAAUUAACACGACGGCGCAACAACCGAUGAAGCAAAAUGCUCUAACUGUAAAUUACAGUGCCUUCGAUAAAACAAGCAACAGCAACAACACCGCUACAACAACAUUCAAGAGCAGCAGGAUCAGCCACAAUAUAUGUAUUUCGUUAAGCAAAACAGGCCACAGCUCUUUAGUAUGAAAUGAGGCGACCAGGCAAACGCGUCUCCCUCAAAGAUCGCCCAAAUCGAGUACGGACCAGGCCGAUAGCAGGAGCAUCAGAGUCGGGGACGGAUUCUGCCGCGGGAUCGAAAUCAUGAACAGGGACAAUCUGCAGCAGUGGUGGGAGAACGAGAACUCCUACCGGCGCCAUCAUGGCCUGGAUUCCGCUGAGUUGCACUUCUCCCUCCAGGAGCCAAACCAGCUGCGCUCGGACCAGGUUGCGUACGAUCAGGACUUCGACUACAGCAACUUUAGCCUGGAUAAUCCGUACGACAUGGACAUGGACCCAGAGCACUCCAUCUCCUCGCUAACUCUGCUGCUGCUGGCGGUCAGCUACGGCCUCGUGGUCUUUGGCGGCGUCGUGGGCAACUCUACGCUGGUGCUGACUCUCUGCUCGGCCUCCUCGGUGCGACUGCGCAACCCGCUACUCCUGGCCGUAUGCAUUGCCGACUUGCUGGUCACCGGCAUCUCUGCCCCGGUCACGCUCCUCAAUCUCGCCAUGAGUCGUCGCACGCGAUCGCUGCCGCUUGUGCUCUGCAAGGUCAUACACUACAUACAGGUCAUGCCCGUAGCGGCCAGCACCAUCUCGUUUUUCAUGCUCUCCCUGGACCGCUACGCCACCGUGAAGCAUCCGAGAUUGGCGCAGCUGCGCCAGCGCCGCUAUUUACACGUCUCGCUGGCCCUGCUCUCCUGGCUAGCAUCGGCGGCCAUCAGCACUCCGUUCCUGUUCGCCUACAAGAUCAUCGCCAGAUCGACUAUGGGCAAGGGCGGUGGGGCGAGCACCACGCCGAGCCCCAUCACCAUCAGUUGCACCUCGGACCUGGGCGCCAAUGCCAUGUUCAUGUCCUUCAUCCUCUUCCACACGAUCGCGGUGUUCGUGCUGCCGGGCGUGGGCGUGCUGCUCAACCACUACGGCGUGCGUCGCAAGCUCUGCGCCCUCUCGCUGACCGCCCGGGCUGCUCACGGGGAGCUUCCCCUGCCCAUCCCCAUUCUGAGGCGCCAGACCCACAUGGUGAUCGUUACGGGUUGCCCCAACGCCCAGCAGGCGGCCUGCGGCGGGGCCACCACGGGGGACGACACCUCGAAUGGUAACGGCACGGGCACCGGCGGCGGUCCAAUGGCCGUCAGUCCAGGGGACAUCCAGCUGCACACUCUGCACCCACGGCAGCCGGGCUCCAUCGGAUCGGCCCUCGAACCUGGCUCCUACCGCUCCAGCAAUCCCAUAUCGCCCAGGGCCAUGAGGGAGAUUCGCGCCCACUCGCAGCGACAGCGCAUCAACCGGUCGGGAAAGGGACCUGCGACUCCCGGAAUACCAUUACCUCAGACCUCCACACUUCGGUCGCGCCGGCACCUGGCCAACAUGCUAAUUGCCUCGGCAGUUAUCUUUAUAGCCUGCUGGGCACCUCACGUCUUCUGCAUCUUCUACAAGAACUUGGGCAGCAAGCAGCACUGCAGCCAGACCUCCGUCUACUUCAGCCUCCUGUUAGGCUACUUCUACUCUGCCAUCAGUCCGGUGAUCUACUGGGCGCUCAACCACAACUCGCUUCGACAAUCUCCCUGCGCGCCCAUCAUCCGCCUGCGCUCCAUGCAGAACUUCCUGAGGUCGCGCUUCCGGACCCACACCGCCCCGCCGCCCCCCUCGUCGACCAACGAGGCGGCCUUGGGGGCCUUCAACCCCAAGCUGAUCAAGCUGACACCGAAACAGUAUAGAGCUCAGGCCUCUUCGCAUUAUCUCUACUAGUGUGAUACUAAACUAAACUUGAUAUACAUAUAUACACAUUUAUAUACACGCAUAUAUGAUAUAUUUUUUACCUUCGCCCUCCCCAAGUCCCUGACUUUCUAAUACCGAACUCCGAACCCUGACCCCUGACCCCGGGCCUCAAACUUAAACCAACCUCCCAACCGAACGGAACUAUCUAGAUGUUUUUCAAAAGCUCUAAGCAACUAGUUGGCGUUACCUUCUGCAGAAUUCAAAAUAUAUACACAAUACAUAUAGAAUACAGUCUACCGAACAUACAUAGCAGUGUUAGUUGACGCUUAUUUACACGAUGUUGUGCGCCUGAUGCUAUUCAAUAAACGGAACCGAAUCCUGUCGCAACUCUUGCCUACAACGAGAAAAAUCUAUUGAUGAAAAACAAGCGAAAUAAAUGAAAAUACAAAACUCUUCUAGUGACUUGUUCGAAAUGUUGUUUAGUCUUUUAAGCUGAAAUAUUGUACUAUGUUCCUUCUCAUAGAUAAGCAAUAUGUGAACGCUUUGAGCCAAGUUAAACAAACGAAAAACGAAUCAAACUAAAAACGAUCUAAAACUUUUAAACGAAUUAAACCUAAACUCGAAUACAUACCUAAAAAAACCAUAAAUAAUUAUAUACGAGUAAAUACAAAAAAUGAAUAAGAAUAAUAAUGAAUGUGUAUGUGAGCAAAACAAAGGGAUAAAAUCUAGUAUUGUAUACAUAUUCUUCGACUUAAUUCUUUAUACACUUUUUCUAAAUAUUUUUAAUAUCGUUCAGUAAACUGAACAAGGUGUAUAGUGAAAUUCAAGCUGCAGAAUGUAAGAACCACCCAAAGGAUCAAACUCUGAUCGGGUUUCAUUUUACUGAUUUCAGUGACAACCUUAUACUAAUUUUCUAGACUUUAAUAUACACAUGCUCCCUGUGGGCAACCAUCUGUUAACAGCCUUUAUGUUUUUAGUUCAAAAAUGAUAGUACUAUCUUUUAAACCAUCUGCUAUCGCCUUGGAAUUAGUGGCUAUAAACCUUAAGAAAACUUUAAAUAAUCAUCGUUUUGUACUUUACAAAAUCGUC